AUGGCGGCGUACGGUCCGCACCGCAUGGGUGUCUGGCGGCCCCGACCAGCCUUGGCCUAUGACCCGGAUGCCGAAUCGGGCAUCCGGGACGAUGACGAUGACGAUGACCUGGCAGAACUCGCAGUGGCCUAUUUCGAGCGGCUCAACGAGACAGACCGCGCGACAGUGGUUCACGAACCGAGAUCGCUGGCGGAACUCGCUUUCGCAGCGAUCCCGGUUACGGAACCACUCGACGAUUGGACCUCUAAUCAGAUGGAAACCUCGCCUCCUAUCAGGACUGGAAAACCAAAUCUUUUUGGUAACACAGAGAUUUGAUCGCUGCUUAUCGGAUUCUUUCGGUCCUCGACGGGAGAUUGAAGGACGAGGUUCGGAUUGGAGCUGUCGGAGGUGGAGCAGGUGGAGCAUGAAGAUGAAGUUUUUGUUUUUAAUGAAUUGUAAUUUGCAUUUAUUGUAAUGAAAUACAUUUUUUGUAAACGAAA